AUGAGCAUCAUCUCGCCCUUUCUCUCCCGCCACCCUCCAGUUGCAUCUCAGAGGCCCUUUUUGGGGACCCCAGUUUCUGGUCCUCCAGCACUUCAGAACUUCCAUCACAAGAUGCUGCAAGAAAACGGGCAGCAAGUCGACGACAAUCCAACUGCGACGCUGGAAAAUCAAGAUCUUUGGGACGAAUUCGCGAAGAUCGGAACUGAAAUGGUCAUCACUAAAAACGGAAGGAGAAUGUUUCCUUCGCCUCAGAUUCGCAUCUCUGGCCUCUCGAAGACCGCGAAAUACUGCCUCUUCAUGGAGAUUGUGCCGGCAGACGAUCACAGAUACAAAUUUCACAAUUCGCGAUGGAUGGUGGCCGGAAAAGCGGAUCCGGAAAUCCAGAAGAAGUGGGUUCCGCAUCCGGACUCGCCUGCCUCGGGAGAGCAUUGGAUGACAAAGCCCAACAUUUGCUUUCGAAAAAUGAAGCUUACCAACAAUAUUGCCGAGUCGGGCGGACAUACCGUGCUGAACAGUAUGCACAAGUACCAGCCGCGCUUCCAACUGGUUCGAUGCUCCGACCCAUCUAUGAUCCAGUACCCCUCGCUCCUGAAUUCCAACCUUGUCAAGUCGUUCAUAUUUCCCGAAAUGGAGUUCAUCGCCGUCACUGCUUACCAAAACGACAAGAUCACAAGACUCAAGAUCGACAACAACCCCUUUGCUAAGGGCUUCCGCGAUACAGGCUCCAUCAGAAGAGACAAAAAACGAUCCGCUUCAAUCAUCCGAGGCCAAAUGGAACGGGCAAAGAGAGCGCUAGGAGAGAGUUUGCCACCUCCUGCAAAAAUUUGCAAAUUCGACUCAUCUGUCGUUGAUGAGGAAGAAAUCGAUGUCGUCUCAAAUGACGAAACUGAGCCAACGACAGCAUCACCUCAACUUGAGCUGACACCGAAGCCUGAACUUCCAAUUAUAGUUUCCCGCGACCAAACAGUUCCCUCCCAGUCUCGCAAACAAUCUGUCGAGUCCGAACCCAUACAGCAGACAAGUACGAGUCCAUCCUCAACUUCUGGAUCUGAGCGAGCAAAAACUAGCAGCGUUGACGGCAACAUCCCUGCUCUGAAUAUUCCGAGCGCAAUCUCUCCUCUGCCCGCUCAGAAAACUCUCCAGACCAGUAUCCCUGGACUCCUUCCAUCCCUUCCAACGCCUCAGAAAGAUGUCUCUGUAGAAACUCUCCUGUAUCUUCGCCAACUCGUUCAACCUUCUCUCAAUCCUGCUAUUACGAGUCCCCUUGGUCUUGGAGGUCUCAAUCCGAUCGGCCUCAACAUGGGUCUGACGAGUCCCCUCCUCAACCCUUCGUUCAAUAUGUUUCAAUCACCACUUCCUUCUGUCGGAGCCUUCCCUCCCAACAACCUGUAUUCUCUUUACUCUGACGCCACAGCAUUGUAUCUAAAAAGCCGCGAGACCAUUGCCCAACUCGCCCGACAAACAAGCAUUCAGAAGUGA